AUGCUUCUCCUAAGAUGUUCAAUAAAGCAAGCAUGGCCAUUGUUUUCAAAACUGAAUACACUGCUAGCAAGAAGGUCCGCAUCUCCAUUGGCCAAUACACUUCGACUUGGUUACAGGCCAACACCGAUACGGACAUUCACCAAAACCGCUCAAUUACUUCAUGGACCAAGUGAUGCAAACCGUACUCCAGCGAAAAUCAAUAUCCCCAAGGAAGCAGCAGCAACCACAGCACAAUCACAGAAGGCUAAAUCCGACUCGUCUUCAUAUUCCCUUUUUGGCAGAAAAGUCUCUACAUCGGAAUUAUUCAUGAUGCGAUCAUUAUUCAAAACCAUAUGGCCUAAAGACAAUCCCAGAUUCAAAAUCAGAGUCCUCAUUGCCGUGUCGCUAUUAAUUGGAUCCAAAUUGCUCAAUGUUGAAGUUCCAUUUUUGUUCAAGCAAAUCAUUGAUCAAAUGAAUGUCAAUUGGACUCAAGAAGUUGGCGUAUUAUCCACUGUGAUUGGAUCAUUAAUCCUCGCUUAUGGAGGUGCUAGAUUUGGUGCUGUUUUGUUUGGAGAAUUGAGAAACGCCAUAUUUGCAAGUGUGGCUCAAACUGCCAUUAAACGAGUCGCGUCAAACACUUUUAAUCGGUUAUUGAAUAUGGAUUUACAAUUCCAUUUGUCGCAACAAACUGGUGGGCUAACACGUGCUAUUGAUCGAGGAACCAAAGGUAUCAGUUAUGUGCUUACGGCUAUGGUGUUUCACAUUAUACCAAUCACAUUCGAAAUCAGUAUUGUUUGUGGGAUCUUGAGUUACAAUUAUGGUUUGCCGUUUGCAGCAAUGACAUUUUGUACAAUGUUGGCCUACUCCAUCUUCACAAUUAAAACAACGGCAUGGAGGACCAAAUUCAGAAGACAGGCCAAUAAUGCUGAUAAUCAAGCUGCCAGUGUGGCAUUGGAUUCAUUGAUCAAUUAUGAAAGUGUCAAGAUCUUUAACAAUGAAGCAUUCCAACUGUCGAAAUAUAAUAAUGCAUUGACAAAGUACCAAAAUGCCCUGGUUAAAGUUGCCACGAGUUUGGCGUACUUGAAUGCAGGUCAGAAUUUCAUCUUCACCCUGGCUCUUACGGCAAUGAUGUAUAUGGGAUGUCAGGGAGUUGUGUCCGGUGGAUUAACCGUGGGUGACUUAGUCUUGAUUAAUCAAUUGGUUUUCCAAUUAAGUGUCCCACUAAACUUUUUGGGCAGUGUUUAUCGAGAAUUGAAACAGAGUUUACUCGAUAUGGAAAACUUGUUCCAAUUACAAAGUGUCCCCAUCAAAAUCACAGACGUUGAAGGUGCUCCACAAUUACAAUUGAAUGCAUCUACCCCCGGUGAGAUCAAAUUUGAAAAUGUCACAUUUGGAUAUCAUCCAGACCGGCCAAUUUUGAAAAAUGUAUCAUUUACAAUCCCCGCGGGACAAAAAGUAGCUGUGGUGGGGCCCUCGGGAAGUGGUAAAUCGACGAUAUUACGAUUGGUAUUUAGAUUCUACGAUGUUGAUCUGGGUCGCAUCUUGAUCGAUGGACAGGAUAUCACCAAAGUGUCACUCGAAUCAUUACGUAAAAAAAUCGGAGUUGUCCCACAAGAAACGCCACUUUUCAACGAUACAAUUAUUGAAAAUAUCCGAUAUGGUGAUUUAAACUCCACUGACGAACAAAUUCAUCAAGUUGUUUCACUCGUCCAACUUGACAAUUUAAUUAAAGAUUUACCCGAUGGUGAAAACACCAUUGUUGGAGAACGAGGCAUGAUGAUUUCCGGUGGAGAAAAGCAAAGAUUGGCCAUUGCUCGACUCUUGCUUAAAAAUGCCCCAAUUACAUUUUUUGAUGAAGCAACAUCAGCAUUGGAUACCCAUACCGAACAAGCAUUGCUUAAGACAAUCAGAACCAUUUUCAAACGUGAUAAUAGAACAAAUGUAUCUAUUGCUCAUAGGUUGAGAACGAUUGCCGAUGCCGACAAGAUCAUCGUAUUGAAUAAAGGUCAUAUACAAGAACAAGGUUCGCAUGCACAAUUAUUGAGUGAUCCUGAAUCCUUGUAUGCUCAAUUGUGGAAUAUCCAAGAGAAUCUAGAUGUAGAGGAGCAAUUAAGAUUAGAGGAGGAAGAGAGAUUAAGAAAGGAAGAACAACAGUUGGGACAACGGGAUAAGUAG